AUGUCCAAGCGCACGAAGAAGGUCGGCAUUUCCGGCAAGUACGGUGUGAGAUACGGUGCCUCGCUCCGAAAGCUCGUCAAGAAGCAGGAAGUAUCACAGCAUGCUAGAUACACUUGCACAUUCUGCGGAAAGGAUACCGUCCGCCGCACAUCAGUAGGAAUCUGGAACUGCAAGGCGUGCAAGAAGACAAUUGCCGGUGGUGCUUAUGCUGUCGCUACACCUGCUGCCGCCGCUAUGCGCUCCACUCUGCGCAGACUUCGCGAGAUUGCCGAUGUUUAG